AUGGCGAGGCAACGCCACCUCAUCAACGGGUGGUACAUGGGAGGACGGCCGCCGACGGGGUCAUUCAAUGGGCCCGAAUCGACAUCAGCGGGAGCGGGAGCGGCACGGACAGCCGUUUCGACUGAAGAAGACCCCACCGGUGACAAAUUCAACCGCGUGGGUACGGCGGCCUCUCCUGCGUUCACCAAAGAUGACGAAUCUGAAGACCAAUUUCUUUUAAUAGAUCUAAAAAUCGUGAAGGUUAUGUAA